GGAUGGCGCUGGAGAAUUGUGACGUGGCAAGGAUUUACGUGUGCGUUGGUGGAGUGAUCUGAGGUGAUCUUCACAAAAAUGAAGUUUUGUUUAAGUUACAACGUUGACAAAUACCUGGCUAUAUAAGUGCAGUCUCUGCGAGUGGAAAUACAUUGAAUGCGCUAGGAAAAGGGUAACUUGUCUUGUUAUUUCAAAGAACGUAUGAGUUAGCUGGUUUAAUAGGGCUGCGCACUUUUACUACUGAUACGUGUUAGACAGGCGAACAGUUAGGUUACUUUAAAACUCUUGUUAGCAUCGCUCCGGAAGUCAACCUCAUUACUGAAUAUAGUUUUGGAAUUAACCAACAGCUGUUUCAGUGUUGUACGUAAAGCAGGAUUUCUGACUGGAAAUGGGUCUCGCCAUUUCGAGUGUCUUCUCUCGUCUGUUUGGGAAAAAGCAGAUGAGGAUUUUAAUGGUUGGACUCGAUGCUGCAGGGAAAACAACAAUCCUCUACAAACUUAAACUGGGGGAAAUUGUCACCACAAUCCCCACUAUUGGGUUCAACGUGGAGACGGUAGAGUACAAGAACAUUUGCUUCACCGUAUGGGACGUGGGCGGCCAGGACAAGAUUCGACCCUUGUGGAGGCAUUACUUCCAGAACACUCAGGGCCUCAUCUUUGUGGUGGACACCAACGAUCGUGAAAGGGUACAAGAAGCUGCUGAAGAGCUGCAGAAAAUGUUGCAGGAGGAUGAGCUGAAGGAUGCUGUACUGCUGAUCUUUGCCAACAAACAGGACUUGCCCAAUGCGAUGGCCCUCAGUGACCUUACCGACAAACUGGCCCUUCAGACACUCAGGAGCAGAACUUGGCAUGUGCAGGCAACCUGUGCACCUCAAGGAACCGGUCUGUAUGAGGGACUGGACUGGCUGUCUGAGCAGCUCUCCAAAUACUAAAGGAGUGGCGUGGCGGUGGACUUCAUGGAGUCAUUACAUAACCAAUGCUAUUUUUGACCAAGAUGGACCUCAGCUUGGGAGGACAACUAUAGGUGUACAAGUACAAGUUACAGAGCUGUGACUAAUCUGGAGCAUCUUCCCAAUAUCCUCUUUUCCUGGCUGACUUUAUUGAUGAUAACUUUCAUGUUCAUGGCAAAUGAAGCUGGGAACAGUGGCUAAAUAGCUAUGUGUGAAAUUACUUUUGCAUUUCCAUUUCGACUAUGAUCCCGUAGCUUCCUUCAUUCCAGAUGUUGGCAAACUGAAAGUGGCUUAUAGUGCAAAUACAUACAACCAGCAUUCUUUUUCCUGGCUUUAUUAGAACAUAAACAUUUUACCACAGCAAUCUCUCAACAGAUGGACCAGUUGCCAUCCGCUAUCCGGGCUGGUUCAUUAAUAUAUGAAUAUGAUUCUCUGACUCUCUUAGUCAUGUUUUGAUCCAGCAACAUUCCCCAGUCAAAGAAGCAAUGUCAUUUUCUGUAAUAAAUUACUAAUAAAAUAUUUGAAAAAUUGAA